AUGCGGCUUCUCGAGAAGUUUCUCGCAUGCAAGCCCACUGGUGCGGCGAAGCGCAACAAGUUUGUUAUCGUUGCGCUGCAACCGAUAGUGACGGAGAGCUUCAACAUAUUCUACGACAUGACCGAAGUCAUCGCGACCUUGAUCGACCGGUUCAUGCAGCUCGAAGUGUUGGACAUGGUUCAAGUUCAUAGGAUCUUCUUCCAAGUUUCGCAGCAGUACGACGAGCUCGACACGUUCUACUACUGGUGCAAGAGUAACCGAAUCAUGGGCGCUUCCAAGUACCCGGUCGUGGAGAAGAUCCCCAAGGCGAAGCUCGACACGAUGUACGACUUCAUCCACGAAAAGUCUAAACUUCUGCGCAGCAACAAGACAGGCGCGGAGCCAGACGACGAGCGUGUAAUCAAGGCAUUGUCGCCGGUGAAUGUAUAUAUAGAACGACCAGAUAACACCAACGAAGUAAGCAAAGAGAUGAUAAAGACUCAAGAGGUAGGCGAUUUGCUCGACCUGAGCGAGGAUUCGCCGUGCGAUAAUCAAGAUCCCGGGAAUAAGAUGGCGUUGGUUUUAUACGACGGGAAUCCUCCAGCCGCAACCACAACUACUCCAACAAGUAUGAUCACCGUCCCCCAAUGGGAAGCCUUCAGCGAUUCAUCGACCACACAAUGGGAAACCUUCGACAACAACACGCCGAGCAAUUGGGAGAAGACCUCACUGAAUAACCACAAGGCAUCAUUCAAUCCAUUCAUGCUUGAUGGCACGGCGCCUACGACUCCUUCAGCUCUGCCUGCGCCGCUACCUGGCAAUGUCGGCCUGCCAUAUAACGCCGACCCUUUUGCUGCUUCUCUUGCCAUAGUUCCACAAACGACGACGCACAUGCCCGACAAAAACCAAAGAUUUUUAUUAGACCAGCAGCCACAUUGGAUUCAGCCACCAGCGCAACAAUAUCCAAGAGACGGAAUGGGAAUGGGAAUGGCGAGGUGGACGGGAUUAGGAAAUGGACAACAAUUACAACAUCAGCAGUAUCCGUAUCGACAGCGUGUCGCCGGAGGUUAUACGCAGGCGUGGUGA